ACGUCCUUGGAAAAAAGAAAAGGCUCAGUGAAGAGACCGAAGAGCCUUCAACAUCAAAGAAACAUGGAACUUUUAACAGACAAUACUAUAAGUCCUACUUGAAGUAUGGUUUUGUCGGGACAGGCGAUUCACACAAACCAAAACCGCUCUGCAUAGUUUGCGGCGAUCAACUCUCUAAUGACGCAAUGAAACCUUCAAAACUGCUUCGCCACUUGAACGCCAAGCACCCUGGAUUAAAAGACAAGUCCCUGGAGUAUUUUGAAGGGGAAAAAACGGGAACACGAAGGACAGAAAAAAUUUAUGAUGGCCACCACAUCAAUAAAGGAGAGUGCACUAAGAGCAUCAUAUUUGGUGGCUACAUUUGCCGUGAAAUACUAGGAGAAGCUGCUGUGGAAAAGACAGCACAUGUGCCUUUGUCGGCUAGCACUGUGACUAGGUGCAUUAAGGAAAUAGCCGAAGACAUUGAGAAGCAAUUGUUGGAGAGGAUUAAUGCAUCACCGUGGUACGCACUCCAGGUUGACGAAUCAACAGAUAUUGACAGCAAGGCAAUAAUACUUGUUUAU